UGUAUUAAGCAGCUCAUUUCUGCAUGUCUAAAAAACGGUGUUUCACGCUGCGAAAUUUCAUCGAGACAGAUUGGCUCGUGAAAUAUGAACAAUCGAAGACGAGUCAAUGAUUUCACGGAUUCCUUCACCAGUUUUCGUCAGAUGUUUAUAGAGGAUCAAACUUUGUCACUAGCCUAUUCGGAAGCCAGUUUGGACAUUGGUUCUACAAAAGGCAAGCAAGAUGAUAAUAACAAUCAGUGGAAAUAUGCAAAAAAUAAAUCUCGUACUGGAUCUAUUAUCUUAGCGGGUCAUUUGGCUAGUGAACAUAGCAUCUCGCUACCCGAGUCUCUUGAGAAUGCACAUAAAGAUAGACGAGCUCUUUCAAAGGAUAUAAAUGUGUCAAAUGAGACAUCAUACAUGUCACUAAAACUAGACUUAAGUAAAUGUAUAAAUCUGUUCCAAAAUGAGUGUCCAAGUAAAGAAAGCUGUACUGCUGAAGAACUUUUGAGUUCCGCAUUAGGGAUCAGAGCUAACAGAAAUUCCAACACCCUCCAUUUCAGUGAAAAUAAAAACGUGGAAGUACAAUGCAAUUUAAGUAGAAAUUGUCCAUGUUCCAUGUCCCAAAGUUCACUAAGAAUUAUAAGCUCUCCAUUUAAUGAAAUUAGAAGAUCCAAGAGUUGCAAGACUUUUAACGAUAAUUUAAAAAUGGACAUUAACAGUGGUGUCAAAGCUGAGCUACGUUCUUCAGCAAACAGAGACGCAGUUAUGAAUAUGAAUACAAACGUUCAAAUAGUCAUUUCUCCGUGCAAGACAUUGCUGGUCUCAAAGUCUUCCACUACACCAACAAACAAGAAGGCUAAUUCUCAUUCCACAAAGGAGGAUCAGAAAUGUGAUUCUAUAAGUAGCGAGAGAAGCUCGGAGGAGGAAUGCAAUCCAUCCGAGCUGAGGGCGGUAUUAAAUUUGCUUAAUGACCAAAAGCCAUGGAAGGAGAAAGGCAUGGUACAAAAAUGUUUGAGACGCAUGUCUGCAAACUUCUACGAUUCGCCCAGAAACUUUACAGAAGAGUUUCUAACACUAAUGGAGGACUCGGUCAUAAACAACGAUACUUCGGGAGCUUUGGAGUACCCGGAAAUUAGUCUGUGCGGAUUAACCGAGAAACUUCGGAAGAUGUGCAAGUUUAUAGAGGAUGAAACCGUUUCCGAGUCUCGGUCCCCGAAUAUCGACACGUCGACACGUAAUGGAAGAAAAUAUUCAAGAGGCUGUCACGAGUCGCAACUUGAUUCCUCGCGAAAAUCUCUCGAUGCUGUCGCGACUCCGAAUAAAAAUCUGUGCGUAACGCCUACUCUUACUCGACGUAUCAAAAGCCCUAAAAAGAUCUGUAGGCCAAAGAUUAGUGCGCAAAGUCCAAAGCUGCACGAUAGCACAAGCACAUUCGUCUCUCUCGAGACGUUCUACACAAUAUUGUACCCUGACGAGGAUACGUCUCCCUCAGAGGAAAUUUGGUCGCAGUCUUUUCUAGAGGACAUGAAGCGUAUUCUGCUCGCGUGUGGAAAUCAGAUGGCUUCUUUGGACUCGCUCAACAUUUAUGAACAACUGAAAAAAGCUGUAACUUUCACCGUGGACCCGGCACACAAACCUGAUGCGGUACCUGAAACACAAGCUCCUCAAUGCAACUUGCCAGCCUCGUUACGUUUCUCACAUGAGAAACGUAACGAGGCUGGUUCGAAGAGCAUAUCGGAUGUACUUAGAAGCAAGCAGCAGGCUGAAUCGAGUAAACGUUACGAAAUGAUAAAUCUGGAUGAUUUGGAGGACGCGCUUAUGUACGAGAUCGCGAAGAAGAGACAGAGAUGCCUCGACACGGCGAAAGUAAUGCAGGAGAUCGACGCGAGCUCCGAGCCGGUUUCUUCUGGAGCAGCAGAGGCGCAGCAGUCAGAUCCAAGUAGCGCAGCCGUUGAAUUGCCGAACAUUAACGACUCCAAGUUCAUGGAAACAUUAAUGACCGUAAAGAGGUAUCAAGACUACCUCAAAGGAGCCAAACCUCUGCUGAAUUUGUUUCAGCAAUCGAGAUCGAACACUAGUAAACAGAGGCGUAACAUCAGUCCAGUCGAGAAAAAAUUUUAUCGAACAAUCGGAAGUUACGAUCAUGUAACAUCGCCGGUUGGAAUGUACAUAAGAGGUACAAAUCCUUCCUUCUCUGGUGGACAAUUUGCGGCCCAAGACGAACGAGGUGUCUCCAAAAACACCGAAAGAGGUCGGGCGAAAUCAGUGAAAACGGAUUCGGAGCAACCUGAAAUUCAUUAUACCUCCGGAGAAGAAUCCGUGCAUGUUGAACAGACGGCUCAUAAGGUCAUAAGCAGUUUUCAUGUAAAUAAUCACUGAUAUUUUAAUAUUAGAUUGUUAUGAUGUAUAUCAGCAGCGAAAUCUAUAAUACAUGUUAUUUUAUAUUUUUAUUAGAGCUGAAAGUUUUAACUUCUGUGAGAUAAAUUAGCUUUCGUUCAAUUAAACGUGCAAUUUUAUUAUUUAUACAAAUAAUAUGUGUUUAUUAUCGCGUGUUCAGACGUAGAGCAGCUUGUACAAGCUUCAUUAUUAUAAAAUUAUUAAGAUUAAAUAAUUAAAAUGAUUACAAAAGUAAACAUUUUCCUAAAAAUUCGGUACAUUUUUAUAUAAUUACGUAUAUACAAAUAUAUUUAUUCAACAAAGCUAUCGUGAAUACAUGCGGUUAUAUACAUGGUAUAAUUAAAUAGACAUAAUAAUUUAUUAAAAUGUGAAAGAGGAGAAAUCUCCGUAUGAUUGCAAUGCUUUCUUCUUCUUCUUCGCGACAGGCUCUGUACUUACGUCCUGCUUGUUCAAUCUGAAAUCAAAAAGAUUUGACUGUUACAUAAUAAACAAUUGAAACAGAAUUAUAUUUUAUUGAAAGACCAGAAGGCUCAAUAAAUUAAUUUAAUAAAAA